CUUUCUGUUUGGCUCUCUCUUUCUCUCUUAACCUUUUCCCAUUUGUUCCAUUUCCUCACUUUUCAUUUCACUCUCUCUCUUUACAACACAACACAAAAUUUCUUCUUCUCUCUUCAUCAUUCAUUCUUCUCUCUACGAUUCAGAAUCUCAGAUGGAGGGCACUGGUGAUUUUGGCGAAGGUCUUGACCAAGAAAGUUUAUUGGUAACUCCAUAUUAUACUCCAUACCAGAAGCAGGGAUUGCAGAAGUCUGGUCCUCAACCUGUCAAUUUGGACUUCUCUCCUAGCUCAGGUGGUGUUACCUCUACCGCUUCUCAGAAGGAGGGUUCUGAAUCAAUUUCUUCAUCAUCCUCCUCUGAUUCUGAAACUGACUCUUGUAUCAAGUCUGUAAUUCAUUACCAUGGCACAGCAGUGAAUACUGACGAUGAAGGAACAACUCUAGGUAAGCUGAAAGAAGACCUUGCUGAUACCGAAAGACAAAGCCAGUUUGUCGGGGAGGGAGAAAAUAAAAGUUAUGAUGAAUUGCUGAAGAAGUUCAUUAAAAACGAGGAAGAGCUACGAGUUUCCAAUUUGAAACUUAAGCUUUCAGAAGAAGAGAUUAUCAAGUUGAAGAAUCAAAAUGAGAAAAGUGAGGGUCAACUUGAUAGUGUGCAGAAAGAAUUAACACUGAAUAUGGAUGAACUUGAACAUAAAAAGGGACAGGUGCUGGAGUUGCAAAAGCAAAAAGCUGAGUUGGAGACUCAUGUUCCAAAUUUGGUGGAACAAUUGGAGGUAGCUAAUGAACACCUCAAGAUAUCAAAUGAUGAAGUUGCAAGAUUAAGAAAGGAACUUGAGAGUAAUUUAGCUGAGACUCGUCAAUUGCAAGACCAGCUUGAAGUGGCACAGGAAAAUGUUACUAAAUUAGAAUGGCAGCUUGAUUCAGGCAGAAAGCAAAUUCGUGAGUUGGAAGACAGGAUUACAUGGUUUAAAACUAAUGAAACUAACCUUGAAGUUGAGGUGCAAAAACUGAAGGAUGAAAUGCAUGAUGUGCAGGCACAGUUUUCUUUUGAGAAAGAUCAAUUGCAUUCUGAUAUUGCAAGCUUGUCAGAAAUAAAAACACAGUUGACCUCAACACUGGAGGAAUGGGAGUCUAGAAGCCAUUCAUUAGCAAACAAGUUAAGGCGAUGUGAAGCUGAAAAUUUGGAGAAAGAAGAGUUGUAUGCUACACAAAAAAUGGUUAUGCAAGGCGAAAUUAGUUCUUUAAAGGAAGAACUUCAUCAGAGAAGGCAUGAUGUGGAAGCUGUGAAUAAGGAGUUUGACGGUCAUAAACAGAAAUUUGACAUGCUCAUGACUGAAAUAGAUGAAGCCAAUGCCAAUAUUGAUAAUCUUAAAGCUGAAAUAAGCUUUCGAGAUGAUCAAAUAGCAAAUAUGGACCGAGAGCUUAUCCAGCUUCGUGCACAAGAGAGUGAGCUGAUCUCAAGAUCUGAAACUAGACUGAAUUUAGUAAAUGAGUUGAAACUGAAAGUAGAAGAACUUGAAAAAGAGGUGACUAGACAGAAUGUUGUGAUCUCCGAUCGGGAUGAAGAGAAGAGGGAGGCAAUCCGGCAACUGUGCUUCUCGCUUGAUCACUUCAAGAGUGGAUAUAAAGAAAUUCUUCAAGCUUUUACCGGUCAUAGGCGUCAUACCGUUAUAGCCUCCUAAAGUUACAAUCAGCUGUCUCAUCGUUUUACAUUGUUUCAUAGAUCUUUCUGGAUUAUUAGUUUUGCAUAUCUUACUCUUAUGUCUGUUAUUCAGCUAAACAAAACUUCCUGCAUGGUUUGUGUACUAUUUCUUUCUUUUUUGGGUGCAUAGAGUUCUUUCUUUACUUAGCAAAGUUUAGUUCUCCUUUUCAUGAAAUAUUAUCUAGCUUUUGUUUCUAACAA